UUUGUUUCGAUUUUACAUUGUUUUUAAAUUUAGAAAUGAUUCAAAACAUAUUUUUCGCCACAAAAUUCUUUAUUGCAAUAUUAAUAAUUAAUUUGUUUGUAACGCCGUUGAGACUGUGCCAUGAAAGGGGACUGGAAAAAACUUAUCCGAUUCAACACGAAAGUAGUGAGCACAAAGGCCCCGACAGCGAAGAAGAUAGAUUUCUUAUUACAGGCGGUUACAGACCUAUAAAUCAUAAUUUAACAAAAUAUUUAGUCUCGAUAAGUUAUGCGAAUUUUAUAAAAUUUUUUGGUGAUGCCCAUUUCUGCGGCGGCUCCAUAAUCAAACCAAAUACCAUACUCACGGCAGCGCAUUGUAUAAGCAAGCAAAUGAAUGGCUUCCAAAUGAUGAGAUCGAUUAUUGUUAUAGCCGGCACGCCGAACCGUUUUGUCAGAACGGAUAAAACUCAAGUGAUGAAAGUGAAACGUUUUGUUGUGCAUGGCGGUGAUUCUGUCGAUAUUGCGCUCAUCAUUUUGCGAAAGGACAUUAAAAUCGAUGAUGUCACAACGGGCGUGUUAGCGAUUGCCACAGAACCGCCACGUACCGGCACACGUUGCAUAGUGCUGGGCUGGGGCAGAAUAUUCGAUCAUGGUCCGAUGCCAGCCGAAGUCAUGUAUGUGGAUUUGCAAAUUUGGUCGCAGCGCAGGUGUCAAUCUUAUAGAGCUUUUUAUUUGCCCUCGCUGAUAUGUGCCGGUGAGCCAGAGCAUCCCGAACGCGAUUCGUGCAGCGGCGAUUCUGGUGGACCUUUGAUCUGUGCCGCCCGUCUAGUGGGUGUUGUUUCGUUUGGCAUUGGUUGUGGUACACCCGGUUAUCCCGGUUUCUAUACGAACGUUUACAAGUACGGUGAUUGGAUUAGAGAAAAUUGUGGCAAUACAUGUGGAGCUGGUACUUUUCUAAAAGUGUAUGUUAUGCUUUAUUUGUGCUACUUGUUGUUGUAAAUUACGACGGGGUAAAAAAAAAUUGUAUAAAUUUGUAAAAAAAUCACAAUUUCUGCUAGAAGUGAAACAUAAACUGUUGAGUGCUCUUAGUUUCGAGUCCCGCGGUAUCAUUUCCGCCAAA